CAGCACCACUUGAAGCGCUGCUGAAGAUCUCAAGAUCACAACCAACAACACGCCCACGCUAUCUUUAACCCUUCCUUCGAGUGGCAGAAAAAGCCUCAUGACCUGAAUUUGACAAGGUACAACCAACAAUGCAAGGCGCAAUAGGGUCAAUGAAACAACGCAACCAACAGCUCCCAUCCGAUGUGGCGAUUAUGCGAACUCGACCUUUGCACUGCGGUUCCUUCAGACUUGCUGCAAUCAAGAAAAGACACCUGAGGUCUUCAAUGAGUCUCGAGGUUUCAGUUAUUACUAUUCUAUAACUAUGUGUCCGUUGCCAAUCUAGAAAUUCUGGAACAGUUCUAUGUCCCUCCUAUCAUUUACAAUUUUGUUGAACCCUAAUACAACCAUUGAAUAUGCAUGCAAAGCGUAAUAUGCCGGGCAGAGUUGCUUUGAGUUCAAUCUCACUCCUCCUUUUAUCACUACUACUUCUCCAUUCCUCUUUCAUCCCCUCCUUUCAUCUAUCGUCUUGGGAUUCUCCUGUUGUCGGCCUUGACGACGACUUUCGUAACUCUCUACCCCUUGAUCUUCUUGUCAAAAGGGAGGAUGCGAAAAUCGAUGUCUUCAAGAAAGCCCUCGACAAGGGUAAAGGGCUCCUCUGCGAUAUGGGUAAGUCGCAAGAGGAACUCGAGGAGGAAAAUGGAAAGUCAAUGGAGUCACCAUCCUACCUCCAGCAAUCUGGCAUAGAGGAGAGAGAAGGCUGGGAAAUAGAGGGAGACCCACAGCCUAGCUUCAAGGACUAUCUCGAUGAAGCUCUGGCAGCUCUUGGAGUUUCCGAUGAUCUUCAUCAUCAAAGCUGGAUUCACACAUCGGGAGGAAUCAUCUCAACCACUAAUCCGGGUGAUUUGGCGAGCGGAACAAGCGGCCAGGACACAGGUGCUUACUUUAGAAACUCUUUUGUUGUUAAUCCUGGUGUCAUAAUUGCUGAUGUCAAUUAUGCCGUCUCGGCCGCUACAGGAGGUAAUGAUGGCAAGAUGACAGUUACUCAUGUCAAAAAGUGGAGUGAUGCUACCUGGAUGCAAUGGGAUAGGGUCUGCACUGAAGCUGGCGGGGAUGUCAAUGAUCUGAAGUACAUUAUUCGUUCCAAGAUCGAGAAUCACACCACUCUCGAGAUAAUACUCAAGGCCAUCCUCUCCAGACACAAUAGAAACCCAAGAAGAAACAAAAAGACGAUCGGAACCUGGAGAAACAAAAUAACCUUCACUGCUGCAAAAGAAAAAGAGGAGUUCCCCGCCAUCCUUGGUAGCCCCAAUGGAGCGGGGGCAGCUUUCAUGUUGAUCAACCACAAGAAACGGCUCGGGGUGAAGACUAUCAAAAGGAUCGACGUGUUUGUUCCGGAAGGUAGUUUUGAAGUUACUGAAACUGAUGUCGAGGAGAAGCACGAGGAGUGGAAUGUUAUGAUGUUGAUGUAUAUUGUCAACCCUUGAUGAGGCUACUAUGUUGUUUGAAGAGAUGGGCAAUUGGGAUACCUUAUUGUGAUAGAUUUAGCCUAACGCUUUCUUUGAAUCAACAAGCCUGGAAUUUUACCCUCAGUUUACGAUUACAUCGUUGCAAGUAUUGUAUAACCUUACCUGUAGGGUUAGAUUAGUGCUUGUUACAACUGUUGUUCUUCUUCAUCUUGCAUUGUUGAUGCU